AUGAACAUCCGCAAUGCGCAGCCACACGACCUGAUGAACAUGCAGCACUGCAACCUGCUGUGCCUGCCGGAGAACUACCAGAUGAAGUACUACUUCUACCACGGCCUGUCAUGGCCGCAGCUCUCCUACAUCGCCGAGGACGAGGGUGGCAAGAUGGUGGGCUAUGUGCUGGCCAAGAUGGAGGAGGACCCCGAUGAUGUCCCCCACGGGCAUAUCACCUCGCUGGCCGUGAAGCGCUCGCACCGGCGCCUCGGCCUGGCCCAGAAACUGAUGGACCAGUCCUCCCGGGCCAUGAUCGAGAACUUCGGCGCCAAGUACGUGUCCUUGCACGUCAGGAAGAGCAACAGGGCAGCUCUGCACCUCUAUUCCAACACCCUCAACUUCCAGGUUAGUGAGGUGGAACCCAAGUACUACGCCGAUGGGGAAGAUGCCUACGCCAUGAAGCGGGAUCUUUCACAGAUGGCAGAUGAGCUAAGAAGGCAGCCGGUGCUGAGGAAGGGCAAACCUGGGGUUCUGCGCUCCCGGGAGCAUCAGAAGGCCCCGGACAGCACACUUCCUGGUGCCAAAGAGGCCUGUCAGCUGGAGAGCCCGGCCAGUCACAGCACUGAUGACCAGGACAGCUCAGAGGACUUGGAUUUCACCUCCUAG